UUCAUUCACACACGGUAGGUUAGUUAACCGAUAUGGUGUGCUGAAAUCAAUGCUUUCGAUUUUCGCCAACCAAGUUGUUCGAGUAAGAAAUAAUCUGGCUCAUCGCUCAUUGAUGCAUCGUUGAGGAAAUUGCAAUUCAAUUCAAUCAUACUAUACCAAGGAAAGAAAAGUUCGGAAGUGACUUGAUCGUAGAAGAAAUUUUUGUGCAGAUAAUCGUACAGAAUCAGGUUUAAUCGCCACAAAAAUUGUUCAUCUUUAACUACGUUGGAAGUGAAAAGCAGAUAAGCUGUGCAACGCUGUGACAGUCAUUUUUACAGCGGGCUUGAACGACUAAAUAAUACGUCACGAAAAUAUGAGUGAGCACGCGGAGGCUAGGGGUGGUAAUCAUGGUGCUAGAUCAGGAGUCAGCUCUACCGGUGCGCACUAUGAGGGUAGCAUUGAAGACAUUGACCGACAGCUUGAAGCACUUGAUCAGGAAAGCGAUUCUGACUCGGAAUCGCUAGAGGAACUUGAAGCAUGCGAAAACAUCGAAGUUGUCAACAGAGCUAGUGGCUCGGCUGACGGCUAUGACGACCAGUCUGGGCCAGCUCUGGAUGUAACCGUUCGGUAUACGAUUUGUUUGUUCUGCAAAAAACCCUUUCAGUUAAAGAAAGAACUAAAGAAACAUCUCUUUGAGCACAUGAAGAAUCUAAAACCAAUGAAAGAGAAGAAGAUUGUCGAAAAGAAGUUCAAGUGUCACAAAUGUUUCAAGACGUACACCGAAAUGUCCCGCGCUGAAAAGCAUAUGACAAAGUGCAAAAAGGUUUCCAAACUACUGCUUGAUAUGAGCAAUACGACGCCCGACGGGAAUCGAAUAUUGAGCGGUGGGGCCGACUACGAAGGUGGUGGCGGUGGCGAUAAAAAGAAGAGCGGUAAAUUUCGGGAGCCUACCUCACCAAGAUCACUGGUCUUUGAUCCUGAGUCGGACCAGGAUGAACGAUGGGAGCAUCGGGAACGCAACACGGUAGUGCAUUUUGAUGAACGGACCAUGGCGCGGGGUGGUAGCACAGAUGAAUCUCCAACUUCGCCACCGGCUGUCAGCGGUGGUGGUGGUGGUGGUAGCUCGUAUUUUCAGCAGUAUCAAAGGUGUAAGUAAUAUGUCGAAUGAUACCCGGAAGGACCAGUGAUUUGGAGCGCUUUGUAGCAGUAACGACCGAAAGUCGCUAAGUCCUAUGUUAUAAGUGGUUUAAUCUAGAGCAUGGUGUGAGGUCCGAAAUUGUUGUUUUUUAUUGGAUGCUAUUAGAAUCAGUGGCUAAGCUACACGAGGAUGGGAACAUGACAGUUCCCACUAUGUAUUGCAUAAUAAAAGACUCAGGAUACACAAAUGAACACCCAUACAGACACACAAACCUAUGUUCGAUUAUUUGGUUUUCUAGCGCGUUAAGAGUCGAAUCAAUUUUCAAAUGACAGUAAAGCGAAACGCAAAUAAAUAUGUUUGAAAUGUGAACUGCAAGCAGAAGUUGUGGAAACUAUGGGAUAAGUUUAGAAAAUAUACGGUAAAUAUUAUUGCCCAUAAUUUAUUUAAACAGAUUAUAAGGAUUGUGAUACUUGCCACAUACUUUUUAAUUAUUACAGUUAUUAUACCUACUUGCAUUAAUGGGGAUUUGACAUUUAUUUCAUAAUAUAUACGAGCAUAAAGGCACACAAAUACACAUUUUUCUAAUUAAAUUACACUUACAGACACACAUUUCAGAAUAUAACUUCAACUAUACACACCCUAGUAUAUAAAUCAUUCCGCAAAUUCAGUUUGAUUCGACUGAAUUUUCCAAGGCGGCUAAAGGAAACUGAGAGUGUAGCAUUUACGAGAUAAUUAUAAGUAUUUAAUAAAAGAGUCAAAACCUCAAAAAUUCACAUACGAUAUGCAAUCAAAUUCUCGAAACCUCUCCACGUGCGGAAAGUGCAGAUGAUCUCAAACUUGCGAUGGUACGAUUCGGAACUGCUUUUGCGCCACUUACUGUUAGGUAUUUGCCUUUAUAGUACUAGCGAACCAAAAUAUUGGGCUACACUGCUUUAUGCGAGAAUCGAUUAUUUGUUGCAAGUAACGAAACUUCUAAAACCCUUAAUUUGCGAAAAAUUUAUUAAACAAGUGAGCUUAUAGAAAUCACAGCAGGAAUAAACCAAAAAAACUCAAUAUUAAAUUAUCAAACCAAAAACGCUGAGGAUGCGUGAUGUUCGCCGUACUAAUUGUUUCGACUGAGUCAUCUUAGUGACGCUAAUUUCUACACGCUAGCAUGAUUCCAAAAUCAGAUUUUUUUCUCUUCCACAAUAUUGCUAUUCCGUGAACUUGCAUCAUCGUAAAGGACACCAAUGCGAGACGGCUGCACAUUCCGACCUAAUUAAAACCAAGACUAUAUGAAUACAAUAACUGUUGCUAAUGGACUGCUAUCUCAUUAAGCGGCUAUACCAAAAUUUAUCUAAUUAACGCAAUUCCAAUAAUACACUUUCAAAUUCACUUUUCGUUAUAUUCAACAAUUUAAAAUACAGUAAAAGAAAAAAAACAAACCAAUGCACACAAAAAUUGUGUAGAAUAUAAAACGAACUAGCCUAGUGCGUGUGUAUAUCAUUAUAUAACUACUAUAAAAACAGCUAUGGGUAACAAAACAUGUUGACUAAGCGUGAUUAGUUCAAUCUGAAAGUGGUAAAAAAAGCAGAAAUCAUACAGCAAAAAAGUAAUGGAUAGCAUUCAAACAACAAGCAAGAUUUGUGUCUGUAUAGCUGUAAGUAACUAGUUGAUAUACAUCAGUGAAAAAUGAUAAGAUUUUAAUGGAAAUUAGCAAUUAUAGUGAACAGAAAAAAACAUAUAUCAGGAAACGAUUUACCCUCGUUUUCAUUCUGAUCCAUAUAUUUGUAUGAAUGACCAUGUGUAAGUGAUGAAUGUUCGCAGAUUGUUUCGGAAGCCAGUGUUUAAAGGUCCUAGAUGCUUAUUGAUCGUUAAUAUAUUGGUAGUUUUCUCCCUAAACUGAUUUGAAAAUUCGUGGAUAUUGUUAAUUUUCUUUUAGUCAUUGCUAUUGCUGUCAACAUUUUUUACUAUGAUCAAGUACUGUGUGUAGAAAUAUCUUGUGGAGAACACAAGCUUCUAAAAUAUUUCAAAAAAGCGCCGCAAUUUCGUUUGUAGUUCCAAGUAAUGAAAUGUUAUCAUUUAUCGAUGCCUAAUUAUAAACAUAUUACAUCCGUGUCCCGCACUAAUCAAGUACAUAUGUUGUGCUAGUCGAAAUACAUUAAAAGUCCUAUGAAUGGAAAAAAUUCUAGCACAACAAUGAAAAUUACUCCCGGAUUAUGUCUAACUUCUGGCAAGUAAGAUUUUUCGCCCAAAACUACAAGAAAAAAUCCUGAAUAGUUGAAGGUAUAAACGGAUGUUAAUGUCAACUUCUUUUUCUCAAAUGUAUUCAAUAAAUUACCCAUAUACGAA